AUGCUAAACCCUCUCAAAUCUCUUUUCGGGAACUAUUGGGGCGCAUCAGCCAUAAACACCCUCUCAACUUCGACCCUGACGAGCGAGUCCAAGAUCAACACCUCCGGAAGCAUGGCGACAAGAACACCCGUCUAUUUCGUCUCUCAUGGUGGCCCAACAACCAUGUACGAUGACAAGCACCCAGUAUGGCCCGAACUGCAAGCGAUCGGGCGGGAAAUCACGCAAAAAGUACGACCGGCGGCGAUCGUGGUGUUCAGCGCACACUGGCAGGCGCAACGGCCCAACACGAUCGAAGUGAACGUGUCGGAACAAGAGCCGCUACUGUACGACUUCUACGGGUUCCCGCGACACUACUACGCGGAGAAAUUCCCGAACAAGGGGUCUCCGGAGCUGGCGCGGAAGAUCAUGGCGCUGCUGAACUCGAACGGGAUCAAGACACAGGAGGAAGAAAGAGGGCUCGAUCACGGCGCGUUCGUCCCCUUCAAGGUCAUGUUCGACCCCAAGCAGAACCCCGUCACCGUGCCGAUCGUGCAGGUCAGUCUGUUCGACGACGACACGGACGCGGACGCGCACAUUAAGCUGGGGAGGGCGGUGCAGAAGCUGCGCGAGGAGAAUGUCUUGAUUCUGUGUUCUGGCAUGUCGAUCCAUAAUCUACGGCACUUCAUGAUGAUGGGCGGGCGAGGGCUCGCCGCGAACCCGCCGGCCUACGCCGUGGAUUUCGACCAGGCGUUGAAGGAUGCCGCGGAGACGGCGCCGGGGUCGCACAGGGAUGAGUUGAUGGUUGAGUUGCUGGCACGGAAGGAUGCGAGGCUUGCGCACCCGACUUUCGAACAUCUCCUGCCUGCUCAUGUUGCCGUUGGGGCUGCUGGUGCCGAUCACGGGAAGCAGUUGUUUACCUUUGUGGAGGGCCCAAUGGCUUGGGCGCAGUAUCGAUUCGGGGAGAUCCAGGCGGCGGCAGGGUGA